AUGGGCCCCUGUACCGCCUCCUCAUGCUGCUGCCAGGCCCGUAAUCUGCCAUGGGCCCCCAUACCAACUCCUCAUGCUGCUGCCAGGCCCGUAAUCUGUCAUGGGCCCCUGUACCGCCUCCUCAUGCUGCUGCCAGGUCCAGAGUGUGUCAUGGGUCCCUGUACGGCCUCCCAUUGCUGCUGUCUCCAUCGCCACACUCUGCCAUGUGCCACUUUCAGGUCUCCUCACACUGCUGGUGGUUUCCUUUUUUGUCAUAGGGUGCUGUAUGGCCUCCCAUUGCUGCUGCCUCCACCGCCACACUGUGGCUCCACACUCUGGUUUUGGCCCCGUGACUGCCCAAAUGAGUGAAGUGUGCGGUGAUUCUAAGAUCGACGGCACUCAUCUGCAUGUCAUACUGACUGUCAGUAUUAUUUCUCUUCCCCAGCAGACUCCAAGGGCAUUUAAAUUAAAGGUACAGUGUUCUGCACUAAUAUAA